AUGGGUUGCCCUCCAGAGGGGUCAGACACACCGUUAACGGCCACAGAGAAGCUGUCCCUCCUGAGAGAAAGGACUCAAGACCACGGGCUUCCUGUGGGGACGCAAGGGGUGGAGGGCUUGGUUACGUCCCUGGUGGUGACCUCAGCCUGGAGGAUCCUGCCAGCCCACUUGGAUCCUGAGAGCCUUCCCUCCAGGAAAAGUCCAGAACAUGAGGGCUCAGGAUUGAACUACAGGACAGAGACUCUUAAGAAAGGAGAGGCAAGAGAAGCCUCACACACCCUCCAGGAACCCCCUCCCUAG